AAUCAUCUAUAUGGAAUUUUAAUCAUGAAAAUUCAUCUUGACUACGGAAGGAGCCCUCCGUUUUGUGUAAGUAAACUGGGUUAAGUAUAGCACAGCGUACAGCUUGAUGUUCAUUACGAGUACUCACGGUUAGGCACUUCGCUUAGUGUACUGCUUAUUAGAUAUUCACCUGGGAAUUAGCAAAUAGCAAGAUAGGGAAAGUUAAUUUAAUAUAAAGACUAAGAACACUACGAAGAUAAGACACGCACCACCCAGUGAUCAGAUUAGAUGUUCAUCUAUCUAUCUUCUUCUUCUAUAUAAUAUAUAAAAAUGAAUUGCUAUUUGUUAGUCUCGCUAAAACUCGAGCACGGCUGGACCGAUUUGGCUAAUUUUGAUCUUGAAUUAUUUGUGGAAGUCCAGAGAAGGUUUAAAAGGGAGAUAAAUAUGAAAAUGCUCGGAAUUAAAUAAAAAUAACAAUUUUGUUUUCCCUUUGAUGUGUCCCCCGUCGGACGGAUUCCUUUUGUUUGUUUUAAGUUUAUUUUAUACAAAAGUUUAGUUCUUUAAUUUAUCGAUUGAGGCACUACGAAAUCUGGCGGGACAGCUAGUUAUUAACUAAAAGUCUAGUUUCGCUAAUUAGUUCUUGGACAUCCAUUUUCUUUAUGUUAUCUAAUGAAAAUAGAUCAUACAUACGUAAGUAGCGGUGGCUAUCCUACAGUACAUAUCCUAUAAGAUAAGAAAAUUUGAAGAGAAGUUUGCGUCAACAAACCGCAAAUAGCAUUCGGACCGUCGCCUAAAUAAAUCGCUAUCUCGGUGUGUAGUAGAUUCUCCGUUUGUAAUUUUCCCCAAAUAUACAAAUAACAAAUUAAUUAGACACACAAUUAAAACAAGCUUUGCGGUUAAUUAAUCGUUUCGGAUACUUUACGUUCACGCUGAUAACUCUUAAAUUAAAAUAAAAAUGCUAUUCAAUAAGAUCAACUUUGUAAUAAUUCGAAUAAUUCAACGUGCCGUAUAUAUCCUGAGAGACGUCGACGUUUAAAAUCUAAAUGACCUCAAAUUGCAAAAAGAGAUUAACAUACGGAAGGAGAUCUCGAUUUUUUAUUCAAUAGUUAUGAAUUUGAUCUUGAAUUAAUUUGAAAAUAAAAUUCGCAAGCACAAGCCCAAGGACUAUCGUUAAAUAGGUCUUUUAUUAUAUAAACAGUUUUGAAGCCGCAGUGAUCGUGACGUUUUGCACGAGAAACCUACGCGGGGCAUAUGAUGAGCAGCAUAUCUGCAUUUUCAGUUUCACACAAAAUCGUCAUAAGGCCGUAGAUUUCCUACCUCAAAUGCUUCCGUAUUCUACACAGUUCGCACGAUUGUGACAAUUGUGUAAUAUUGUAACAACAACCGAUUGGUUGUUGUCACAAUAUUACUAUUUAUUAUAGGUACUUUUCUGUAUUAAUCACGCAAUGGAGCGAGGUAAAACCCGCCAGCUCAGUUUAUAUCUCGGCACACUUAUCAAGGCAACGUGUGCGCUUUCGCCCUCGUGAUCCUGCUUGCCCAAUCAGCUGGAUGCGUAAUUGCAUAUAGGAGAGAUGAAACUAGAUCAAAUCGCUACGAAGCAAAGGUUCUUGUGAAGGAAUUAUGAUAUACGACGCCCAUGACACGAUUUGAGAGUAGAGUUUUAUGGUCCAAUUUGGUUGUGAAUUACAAAUAUAGUAAGUAAACAACAAAACUAUGUAUCAUUUGUAUAAUCUAAGCACAAAAAUACAAUGGACGCUCUUAUCGCAGUCAUCGGUUGGACGUGAAUAAUGGAAAAAAACACAUUAAGGUCCACCAUUAAAUGAAAUUAUGAUUUUAAAUUCCUGAAGUUUCGAAAUUGUCGUAAACACCGAAGUAUUCGUAUAUAGUUUCAAAAUUUUUCAGUAGUAUCUUACAGAAAUGUUGUUACAUGAUUGAAAUUUAAGCGGAAACGGCUAUUAAGCUCGAAUCGUAUGUAUCGAAAUUCGUAACAAUGUAGUUACCCAUGCAUCAGCCCGCUGAUUUUCUCGCUCGAUCUUCUCAGCGGGUCACGAUUUCGAUCCGGUAGUAGAUUCAUUCGCGAAGCAGCUGCCUUUUUUUUAUUGCUUAGAUGGUUGGACGAGCUCACAGCCCACCUGGUGUUAAAGUGGUUACUGGAGCCCGUAGACAUCCACAACGUAAAUGCGCCACCCACCUUGAGAUAUAAGUUCUAAGGUCUCACGUAUAGUUUCAACGGCUACCCCACCCUUCAAACCGAAAUGCAUUACUUCUUCACGGUAGAAACAGGCAGGGUGGUGGUACCCACCCGCGCGGACUCACAAGAGGUCCUACCACCAGUAAGACAAGCCCUUGAGUUGUUAGGUCUCCUUUGUAGGCGCUCGGGCAGCUGUUAGCAAAUUGCACCCCUCCUGGCUGAGCCUUUGCUCGCCCACCUGCCCUAAUGAAACUGGAGAGAGGCCUCCCUCAAACCUAAAAAAACGAUGUAGUUAAACGUCAAAAAAUAUUUUUUUGUAAUUUUCUGUAUUUUAUCCGGCAUCAUCAUCAUCAUAAUUAUUGGAAGUCGUUGCACAAAGUUUUAAACGCGCAUGCGAAUAUAAUUUGAGUUUUUUUUUUCUUCGAGACAAAGUAUGUACUUUAUGAUCGAUAACGUUUGUGUUAACAAACCAAAUACAUAUUUAGCGAGACGUUGUACACUUGAGAUAACAAUAUAAAUGAUAAUAAUAUGUAAUUAAAUUUGUUUUUUUUUUUUUAUAUUUUGUAUCUCGAAAGUGUAACGACCCCUGUGACCGGACAAUAUCAAGCUUAGAUUGUAAUCCUUAAAUAUAUUCUUGAUAAGAGCAAAAUAAAUCUUCUAUACACGUGUAAUUAAAAUUACUUUUUCCUGUACCAGUGUACUAAAAAGUCAAUAGUUAUAGUAAAUGCACCCAUCUAAGCAAUAAAAAAAAAAAAAAAUUAUAAUGAAUAUCGCCCUCCCCCUAUAAAUCUUGAAAGCAAUAUAAUUUCCCAACUGAAAACAUACAUAGAUAGAUAUUUUUCUCUGAUUAUUCUACGUAAUCAUUUCGUUUUUUUUUUCAGUCCUUUUUCUUUGUUUGCUGGUUGAUAACGUAUAAUAAAGCCUGCAAUAUUCAGCGACAUCGCGCCAUGAUGUUAUCAGAGAUAAAAAACGUGUUUGUUUAUUGUCUAAAUCCAACGUAAACAAUGCUAUUUCUGCCGCGAAACAUACAAACUAUCGUUGUACCGAUGCAGAUUAAAUUUUUUUUCUCGAUGUAGCCACUUGAAUUCUCAAUUGUUGUGUUUGUGGGGUCUAAUGUAACUGUUGAAUAUGGAGUGGGCCGACGAAUCUAAUAAAAGUCAAUUUAAAAAAACAAAAUCAUACUGACAUUUGCAUUAUGAGACUAUUAUUAACUAUUUGAUUAUUUACAUUAUAAUAUAGUCUACAUUUUUUAUAGUGAACAUGUUAUAUUUUUCAACGUAUAAAUAACGUUAUUACGUUCGAUAUUUUUAUAAAUCAACUAAGUAUAGAAAACAUAAAUUAACGCAUUUGGUACUGUGAGCUUGCUCGGAUAGGUACUACUAUACUGCUGAUUUCUGCCGCGACGCAGUCGACUUACAGCAUCAGUCACGCAUUGCACGACUGAGUAGCUCGCCGGAUCUUCUCAGUGGGUCGCGUUUCCGAUCCGGUGGUAGAUUCUGUGAAGCGCUGCUCUUGCUAGGGCCAGUGUUAGCAACACUCCCGCUUUGAGCUCCGUGAGCUCACCUGCAUGUUAAGGAGAAGCGGAAAUAGCCUCUCAAGGCUAUCAGCAUAGGUAGAAAAAAAACGACGUAAUAAUAUGAAAUGUAGGUUAAAAAAUUGUAAAAUGAUUAAGUAUUACAACAACAACCACCACACAGUAAAAACUUAACUAUAUAUUUUAUAAUCACCGAAAUGACUUCACUAAAUUCGUAUACAUAUAAUCAACACAAGGAAGCCAUCAUCGCGCUGUAAUUAUUUGCGAAACAAGUUUCGCGCGUCAGCUUCUAUGUAUUUUAAGAUAUGUUUUACGCUGUCGUCACAAAAUCGUGUAACACGUCUUAAGAAAUUCUUCGUUUGAUCCUACUAAUAUAUUUAUACUCAAGUUUCUUAGUAUAAAUCGCUACAAUUAAAUUGGGUAGUUUUCGACCUCAAAGUUGGCGUACAUAACUAAACAUGAAAACUGAUUGUGUUUAACUCUGACCAUUUUUGAUGGCGAUGUGGUUGCGGUUGUCCUCUUGCGAAGUCGAAUUAGGAAAAUAUCGUGUAAUAGAAAUCGAGCCCGGUUUAUAAAAUUAUUUAUGGUAAAGCGUAUGAGAUGAGAGAAACCGAGGAUCGUGCUCGGUGCCGUGCAAUUAAAGAGGUCUAUCUCACCAGUGGACUGCUAUAGGUUUAUGAUGAUGAUCAUAAUGAUGAAAGCGUAUUUAUUGUAAGGCCGAACUCGCUUACCGUUAGGUACCACCGCUAUACCAUCUCUGCCGCAAAGCUCUUGUACAUUAAAGUAUGAAUGGUAAGACGGAAUAGCUGAUGUAGGUUUAAAUAUUAGAAAACAUUUAUUUCGAGAAAGCGGCGCGAUACGAAAAGCAUCUUGUGGCCCCCGGUAACUAUGUACAUAGUCGAUCCUGCGGACCGAACCGUAAAUAACAUGUCAUUUCGGAUCCUCCAGAUCCACUAUCGUGGUUUUUAGGUCGAACUCGUCGCUUGUGACGAAGGCUUCGGUGAGUAAAAUUAACCCUCAGAUACACAGCCCACAGUUUCUCGCCGGAUAUUCUCAGUGGGUCGCGUUUCCGAUCCGGUAGUAAAAUUUUCGAAGCACUACUCUAGCUAGGACUACUGUUAACAAAUUCACCAGGUUAGAGCCCCGUGAACUCGCCUACUCGUUCGGUCUAAAAUGAUCCCUUGAGAUCACUAGAAUAGGAAGGGAAAAAAAGAAGGAAACAUUAUAACAAUGUCUGAGUGAAGACGUAUCAUGAUCUCCAGUACAUUAUGUGUCUUGCUUUGAUAAUUAUUGUUUUUGAAAUAAAUAAAUACAAGACAAUGGAGACUUAAACCUCUUGUCUCAGGGCGGGUGAUCAUAUUUACUUUGUACUACCGGUAACCACAUAGCAUCAGAUAGGACUAGGUGAUUAAUAUUACCAUUCUAGAUAUUAUGGAAUACCUAGAGUACUUUAUGUAAUAAUGAUACCGUAUUAAUAUUACCAUUCUAGAUAUUAUGGAAUACCUAGAGUACUUUAUGUAAUAUUUUUACCGUUACCACAAAUAUAUUUUUUAUUUUUAUAAACCAUUUUUUUGUUAUCGGUCAUCUAAAACAUAUCCUUGAACAUUGAACAUUUCAACUGUUAACAAAAAGUAAUGAUGAACAACGUAUAAGAUUACUAAGACUUGUAAGGUCGUGCAAAAUUAAUGUAAAAAAGUCUUCCCACCUAGUAAAAAGCUGUUAUGAAGAGACUAUAAUUAAAGUAUUGUUAUUAAUUAUUUUGGAAGUAUUUAAUGGCGUUACCUGACUGAUUUGAUCGGUAACAUUCAAAAGCAUUCAAAACAGAAGUUCGCAAAUGAAUCUUCAUCUUUGGUGUUGGUGUAACGAGCCCGCAAUUAUACGAAAAAAAAACUGUGUAGAUUAAAGUAAUCUUUGAGGUUUUAAUCUUGGAGGUUCAAAUACUUAUUUAUUAUAUUUUAUUUUUAUUUAUUUAUAGUUUAGCAACAUGUUAUACAUCAGCACAGAACAUUACAGGUAUCAUAUACAUUGAUUUCACACUAAAUGCUAACACAAUUACAGGUACCGACUGCAUGCAUUUAUAAAAAAAAGCGGUUCGUUGUAUAACAUAAAAGAAGCUAUAUAUAAUAUUACAUGAAAACCUUUAAUUAAUACACAUUUACUGCCAAAUACGCUACUACUUAAUUGAAAAAGCUAAUUGUGCAAGGUUGUAGACCCUCGUCUACUUUUUUUUUCCCUGAAGGCAGACAAGCAUACGGCCCACCUAAUGGUGAGUGGUUACCGUCGCCCAUGGACUUCAGCAAUGCCAGGGGCAGAGCCAAGCCGCUGUCUACCGUACUUAUGUAUUAACCUGCUGAAAUAAUUGGGUAGAGCUAGUAUAAAUGCAAAUCAUGUUUACAAACGUAUACGUAUUCCGGUGGUUUGAUCUUGAAUUCUGUCGGUGGUGAAGUCGGGCUCGUUGCCAGGGUAAACAAUUUUAACUUCAUUCGAAUAUAAACUCUACGUAGUAAACAUAAGACCGUUUUUGCAUUGUAUCGAUAAAACCGGUGUAUGGUGGUUGCGGUGUAUGGCUAAUGUUUACUUUUGAUCAGUAGCCCAAGCACGAAAAUUUUACGAAUUCGUAACGUUAACGUAUCGAGCCCUCGAUACGUUAACGUUACUCCGCAGCACGAACAACAUUUUGCCAACUAUCGUAAGCUCGAUUCGAAUACGUUAGUGACGUCAUCCUAACGUAAGUAGGGACGGUCCUUGUGGAAUGAAAUGAUUAUCAUAUGGAAUUAAUGAUUCGUUCGGAAACUUAACCAAGUUGUCAUUUUAUUUUAAACUUUUGAAUUUACGGUUUAUUUAAUUAAAAAAUAAUUAACUAGUGCAUACAAAGUGAAGUACAUAUGAAGACAGAUAUUUAGGAACAUGAUAUGACAUUAAAAUCGAAGGAAUAAAAUAGUGUCUUGGAUAUCAAAACAAAAAAAUUCGGAUUCCGAACGAAUCCACUUGAUAUCGGCCAAGGCUAAGUUUGUUUAUGUUUGCUUUAGUUCUUGUGAAGAGCGAAAGUGUUUCAUUGUUUUUAUUAAUUUAGUACUUAUUUUUGAAGAUUUGCCUAUUUAAAUAUGAGAACUAGCCACUCACAGUAUUUAACAAUGGUAGAAUUUAUGGAAGCAAAUGGAGAUUUAUCAAAACCAUCAGGCGGUCCACGAGGUCGCAAUUUUAUACAGAUGAAGUGGAAAGAGUUAACGGCAUUACUAAAUAGCGAUUCUUCAGGAGAUCCUAAGAGUGAGGACAAAUGGCGUAAGGUGUGGAGUGAUUAUAAGAAUAAUUGCAAGAAAAAGUGUGCUAAAAUUAAUAGAGCUGCUAGUGGCACUGGUGGCGGACCAGCGCUCCAUUUAUUAUUGACUGACCAAGAACAAAGGGUCAUGCAGAUAAUUGGAGUGCAGGCAGCUACUGGCAUGGAGAUAAAAGAAGCUGGGUUUCCACAAGAAGAAAUUUCAACUGAGAUGCCAAAUACUCAAAUUAUUUUAAAGGAACCGGAAAUAGAUUGGAAUGCUCCUAGCACAAGCAGCCAACCAACAGUGGCUCCACCACCACCAACUGAGGCUCCCCCUCCAGUCAUUAACGAGGAAGAGGAGUGGAACCCUCCGCCGCAGAAAAAAAGAAAAAACAAUUUAACAAAAAUGUUUUUAGAUAUAGACAGAAAGGCAAGGGAGUAUGCUUCAGAGCGUGAUAGGGUAUAUGAGGAAUUAGAAAGAGAUCGGUUGAGAGUUAGAGAAUUUGAGGUACGUGAAAGAGUAAGACAGAGAGAUGAAGAGCUACGGAUGCAGGGUCAAUGGCUGGAAUUUAUGAAAGAGGCAAUGGAAGCUUUUGUGAGGUUUAUGGAGAGAAAGUCUUAAGUUAAGCUUAAUUACUAUAUUUUUUUACCAACUACUUUUAUUUUACCAAUUACUUAAUUAUUUUAUUUUAUUUUAUUUUACCAAUUACUUAAUUAUAAUUACCAAUUACUAUAUUUUUUACAAAAUUAAUAAACAAAAGUAAAAUUAU